ACCCAGCCUGGCCCGGGACUGACUCUGCGGGAGCAGGGACCCAGGAGCUGGGCCCAGCUCCGCCCGGAGCGGCAGGAUGAUUCCAGUGGCCGAGUUCAAGCACUUCUCAGAGCAGCAGCCCGCCUUCAAGUUACUCAAACCCUGGUGGGACGUGCUGGCCGAAUACCUCACGGUGGCUAUGCUCAUGAUUGGGGUCUUCGGCUGCACUCUUCAGGUGACGCAGGACAAGAUCAUCUGUCUGCCCAGUCAUGAACCCCAGGAGAACCUAUCUGAGACCCCAUGUCAGCAACUGCUGCUGCAGGGGGCCCCUGAACAGAUGGGGAGUCUCCACGAAGUGAGCGGCCUCAAAAACAACCUGGACCUGCAGCAGUACAGCUUCAUUAACCAGCUCUGCUACGAGCAGGCCCUCCACUGGUACCCCAAGUACUUCCCCUACCUGGUGGUCAUUCACACACUGAUCUUCAUGGUCUGCACCAGCUUCUGGUUCAAGUUCCCUGGGACCAGCUCCAAGAUUGAACACUUCACCUCCAUCCUGGGCAAGUGUUUUGACUCACCAUGGACCACGCGGGCCCUGUCCGAGGUCUCAGGGGAGAACCGCAAAGGCCAUACCACUGGACGGGCAACAGUGACCGUGGCACCUGAGGCAGGGCCAGGAAAGGUAGGGGAGGGUGAGAAAGAGAAGGUGCUGACAGAGCCUGAGAAGGUGGUGACUGAGCCACCUGCUGUCACCCUGUUGGACAAGAAGGAGGGCGAGCAGGCCAAAGCCCUCUUUGAGAAGGUCAAGAAGUUCCGCAUACAUGUGGAAGAGGGGGACAUCUUAUAUACCAUGUACAUCAGGCAGACAGUGCUCAAAGUCUGCAAGUUCUUUGCCAUCCUGGUCUACAACCUCGUCUACGUGGAGAAAAUAAGUUUCGUGGUGGCCUGCACAGUGGAGACUUCAAGGUUCACAGGCUACGCCAGCUUCUGCUGCAACCACACCAAGGCCCACCUCUUCUCCAAGCUGGCUUUCUGCUACAUCUCCUUUGUGUGUGUCUAUGGGAUCACCUGCCUCUAUACACUCUAUUGGCUCUUCCACCGGCCCCUCAAGGAGUACUCCUUCCAUUCUGUGCGGGAGGAGACUGGCAUGAACGACAUUCCUGACGUCAAGAACGACUUUGCCUUCAUGCUGCACCUCAUUGACCAGUAUGACCCGCUUUACUCCAAGCGCUUUGCUGUCUUCCUCUCUGAGGUCAGUGAGAGCCGACUGAAGCAGCUCAACCUCAACCAUGAGUGGACACCUGAGAAACUUCGGCAGAAACUGCAGCGCAACGCCAAGGGCCGGCUGGAGCUGGCGCUCUGCAUGCUCCCAGGACUUCCUGACACGGUGUUUGAGCUCCGAGAGAUGGAGGCACUCCGCCUGGAGGCCAUCUCCGAUAUCACCUUCCCCCCAAGCCUGUCACAGCUGGUGCACCUGCAGGAGCUCAGCCUGCUCCACUCUCCUGCCAAGCUGCCCUUCUCCUUGCAGAUCUUUCUGCGGGACCGCCUGAAGGUCAUCCGUAUCAAAUGCGAGGAGCUCCGUGAGGUGCCCCUUUGGGUGUUUGGGCUGCGCGGCCUGGAGGAGCUGCACCUUGAGGGGCUCUUUCCCCCUGAGCUGGCUCAGGCUGCCACCCUUGAGAGCCUCCGGGAGCUGAAGCAGCUCAAGGUGCUGUCUCUUCGGAGCAAUGCUGGCAAGGUCCCAGCCAGCGUGACCGACAUAGCCAGCCACCUGCAGCGGCUUAGCCUGCACAACGAUGGGUCCCGCCUUCUGGCCCUUAACAGCCUCAAGAAGCUGGCGGUGCUGCGGGAGCUGGAGCUGGUCGCCUGUGGGCUGGAACGCAUCCCCCAUGCCAUCUUUAGCCUGGGUGCACUUCAGGAACUUGAUCUCAAGGACAACCACCUGCGGUCCAUUGAGGAGAUCCUCAGCUUCCAGCACUGUCGCAAGCUGGUCACACUCAGGCUAUGGCACAACCAGAUUGCCUAUGUCCCUGAACAUGUGCGUAAACUGCGGGUCCUUGAGCAGCUCUACCUCAGCCACAACAAACUGGAGACCCUACCCCCUCAGCUGGGCAUGUGCUCUGGCCUCCGCCUGCUGGAUGUCACCCACAACGGGCUGCACUCCCUGCCACCUGAGCUGGGUCUCCUCCAGAACCUGCAGCACCUGGCUCUCUCCUACAAUGCCCUGGAGGCCCUGCCUGAUGAGCUCUUCUGCUGCGGUAAGCUUCGGACGUUGCUCCUGGGCCACAACCGCCUGAGUCAGCUGUCGCCCCAGGUGGGGACCCUCAGGGUCCUCAGCCGCCUGGAGCUUAAGGGCAACAGGUUGGAGGCACUGCCAGAAGAACUGGGCAACUGCAGAGGGCUCAAGAAGGUGGGGCUUCUGGUAGAGGACACCCUUUAUGAGGGCCUGCCAGCAGAGGUUCGGGAGAAGAUGGAAGAGGAAUGAAGCCAGGGAGGGGCAGGUUGGGGUAGAGGCUUUCUGGAUGCUUCAGUCACAAAAUCUCUACCAUUGUCUUCAAGGCAGGUGGGCCCCUGCCA